GAAGUGUCGAGCGUACAGCUCGUGUAUGCCAAGAGCAAAGUAUAUAUCUACCGGUCAGCGCACAAGAAAGACCGCGUGUCUGGAUUCGUCUGCAUCGUACAAGGACCCGACAGCCAGUACUACAUUGCAUGGACACCUGAAGCCCUGCUGAGCGAGCACGACCGCGAGAGCUACGACCCUGUCAAGCCCGUAUCUCUGAGCAUGAUGUCGGACGACGACAGCGCUGUGCUGGUAUCAACUGGCCCACUAAGCCAAGGGCCGCAGAUGACGUCAAUCUCCAGCUACGCUUUUUGCAAGCCUGUUGGCGAGCUUGCCUCGCUUUUGAUCCACCCGCCGUCGCUGACACAGUGGUACGGGUCAGUGAUACUUAAUCUGCGUGACGGCAGCUCGCUGGCGCCGCUUUGGUUCCAUGACGACGAGAGUGCUAGCACGCUGCUUGGCAUGACGCGGCACUGGGGUGGCGACGAGCUACUGGUAUGGCUGGCACACGCCAUCGAUAUCGCACGGGCGCCAAGCGACCCGAAUCUGUACAUCAUGCGGCAGUCCAAGUCGCCACAUGUGACGCUCAGCACGGCAACGUCGCCCAGUGCCUCAGGCGUGCUUCCCAGACGGUCUACCGACAGUAAUGUUACUGCCGACGGAGGACAGACAUCAGAAGCUCGGACUGCAGCGCACGGAGAUGCGUCGCAAGAGCGCGGCAGUAGCACGCCCGAUGUGUUGGACUCGGUAUUGCAUGGAAACAUGGAUCCGCUGAUGGGCCAAGUUAAGGAGCUGCAGUGGGGUAUCCUGGAGCGGUUCGCGCGUAUUACCCGCACUGUGCGUGACGCCGCUACUUCCCUGGUCGAGACGCCAGUGGCGCGCCAGGUGCUUCCUUACAUGCCGCCGUCACUGGGCGGAGACAGAGCUAGCGCUGCCGGCAGCCUGGCCAAGGAGUACGAGGGCGCUCGAAUCUAUCUCGCAAAGUGGGCAGCACAGCAUAUAAUCCAGCAGCAGCAUGAGGAUGGCCAACGCGAGUCGCAGAAGGCUGCGGGUGGCGCCAGCACAGACGUGCAACCGCACAGCAUCUGGGAGGAAUGGGUGGCCGAGUCGGGCGACCUGGGCCGCUUCCAGGUGGUCAGCACCGACAAGACCGCCAAUCUUCCUGCGCCGAUCCGCACCAGGCCGGCGCUGUCGGCGGAGCAGUGGUUUGGCUUCUUUGAGGCAACUGAGGGUGGUCCGUCGAACCCCGAGCGUCGACUGGUGGCCGACCCGGAUACUGUGCGGCGCGCAAUUUUUGCGGGCGGCGUCGAGGAGGAUAUCCGGCCUGUGGUCUGGAAGUACCUGCUGAAGAUCCACCCCUGGUCGAGCACCGAGGCGGACCGCACCAGCAUCGACAAGGCCAAUGCUGACCAAUACUGGAUUCUGAAAGACAAAUGGCUGAGCGACCCACAGCUGAAGAACGGCGAGGACUAUAUCGAGCAGCAGAGCCGUAUCGAGAAGGAUGUCCUUCGCACCGACCGUGCCCUGCCGCUGUUCGCCACGGACUCGACGUUUGGUGGCAACGAUGAGUCGAAUCUGGCCGAGACCGGUCUACCUGGAUCCAGCGCCAGUCUGGAGCAGAUGAAGGAUAUUCUGAUGACGUUCCACUACUACGACGAGGCAGAGCUUGGCUACGUGCAGGGCAUGUCGGAUCUGCUGGCGCCGAUUUAUUCGGUAUUCCAGGACGAGCCGACGACCUUCUGGGCGUUCACCCACUUUAUGCAGCGCAUGCGCCCGCACUUUCUGCGCGACCAGAGCGGCAUGCAAGACGAGCUCACCACGAUAUCGCGGCUGGUGGAGAUCGCCAACCCGCCGCUGCACAAACACCUGGCAAAGUACGACGCGGAGAACAUGUUCUGCUGCUACCGCUGGCUACUGAUUUGGUUCAAGCGCGAGUUCAGCUUCGAGGAUGUGCUGCGUCUGUGGGAGGUGCUGUGGACGGACUACCUGACCGACCGCUUCGUUCUGUUCGUUGCCCUGGCUGUGCUGCAGCGCCAUGCCGAUGUCAUCAUGGAUCAUCUAGAGUCGCCCGAGGAUAUUCUCAAGUACGUGCAGGAUCUGAGCGAGACCAUUGACCUGAACGACGCUCUCAAGGGUGCCGAGACCAGCUUCUACAUUGUGCGGCAUCGCGUCGCUGUUGUCGAGCAGAAGCGCAGGGAGCACGGACUGGCC